AGCGUCACAGCCCAAAACACCCACUCAUGACCUGUCUGUCUGCCGACCUGUCCUUCUUUGCCUGAAGCACGCCUGCAUCACCCUCUUUCUUUCCAGCGUCGUACCAUACUUCUUCCGGGCCAGCGCGGAAGGUUGUCCAGCAUAACAAAACCGCGCACCGUACGACAUCCUGCCGCUUCCGCUCCCGCGCGCAUUGUGCCUCGCACGCCUUACUCACCACCACCUCUUUCACCUCCCACGUAGCCUCACUCCCAAUAUGUGAGACGGAUCCGUGCCCACGACUACCGACUCCCUCUCGCCUCCCCAGCCCACCUCCUGAACCGUCCAAAAGGGACCUUCUGUUUGCAGAGUCCUGCCCCGAUGUCGAACGUUGCGUCAUUUGUUCUGCACAGUGCGAACUCGAACAGUGCUACAACACUUCCCCAAACCUUUACACGUUUCGCUCUCGGCCUCCUCCGCCCUGUAGGUGCGCAACCCGUCCCGUAGCCACUGCAUGUCCUCGGGACACCUAUGAAGUCCCUCCUGCCGAACACUUUGGUCUGAGCGACUGAUUGUCCGUGAACAUCUACACAAGGCGCGUCGCCGCCGUCUAUCGCUAUGAUGAUUCAGCCGCGGGCAUACCUAUAUCGGGCGCCGUCGCCAGAGCAAAAGGACAGAAGGCGAAAUUCGGUUCGUAGCCAGUCGCCCAGAAGCGCGCCGUCUAUAUCGUCCUCGCCAACUCGGCCGAGAUCGACCCCCUUGCCCGAGCCAACCAAGAACGUCAAGAAGCCAGAGAUCACCGUUGUCAAUCAGAAAGUGCAGGUGCCUGUGGUUGAGCGCGCGGCGAGCGAGCCCGUUAGCAUACCUACCACGUCGAUGCUUGUUCAGCCUCGCCACCAUCCGAGCGCACGUAGCCAGAGUCCGAGAGCACCCACCCAGACAGUAAGGAGUCGAGGUCCGCAUGGAGGAAGAACAGGGCGAAAAGUGAAUGAGAAGCAUGACGCAAACGCACUGCCGCCUGCUGUAGCUGCGUUGCUGGCUGUCACUACCAUACCGCCGCCGAGCCGAAUCAACCGCCGGCGCACGCCUUCGCAGCAGAGGCGCAUAUCGAUUGACGAGCUGAUCCAGGAGUGGAGACAAGAGGAUAACCUAUCGUCUUCUGAGGGUACCAAGACGCCUUUAGACAUUCUGUUGGAGCCUGCCGAUGAGACCGACAAUGAGGAUGACCAGAUGCUGGCUGGGAUUGAUGAUGAGAAGGAUUCAGCAUGCAUGUCAUCGCGAUCAGUCUCAAGCGAUUCUAUAGCGUCCACGCCGUCCUUAUCGCCUUCUCUCGAUGCAACACGGAGCACUGUGUCAAACUUGAGCGGCCCUAACACGCCAUCUUACCGUAAUCGAAAACACCUGGCCAUCCGAACUGAGAAAGUGGUUUCUUCACCACCAACAGAGAGCUGUCUGGACGACCAUCCUUUACGGUCCCCGGCGUCUACCGAUACCCUGCUCGAUACACCACAGAUUUUCCCACAAAGACCAAAGCGUGUCGUGAAGCAAAAGUCGACCUUCAAGUCUAAUUUGACUGCGUCGCUCAGUGCUCUGAAAUCGGCCGCAAAAUCAUUUUCCAACUUCACGGCACCGAGCAUACCCCACGAUGAUAUGCUCACAAGAUCCUUCUUCUCACAACCGUACCCUUCGGAGAUGCGACCCCGAGAUAUAGAGGGCAUCCCGGAUCCCGCCUUACGAAGAUACCUGAAUCCUACGCACGGCGUGCCGGCCUUGCCUGUCCUCUCAUCAGACGACUUCUCUUUUCAGCUGCAAGAGGCGCUUUCUCAGCCCGCGGACGACGUCGACGAUUCCCCACUAAUACAGAUGCAAACGUACUCACGUCGCAAGAGGAGUCGUUCUCGAGUUGGUUUGAGCGUCGGGCCGGAUCGUGGCGAGGCUGCCGUGUUGGGUCAGUCACUGCCGUGGAUUCGACAGAGGGAGCCGCGAGAGAACAGUGAUUUUCUCCGCGUCAUCGUGCUCGAGAUGAACAUGCGGAGGACCGGCAAGCUGGAUUCAAAAGGUCCGUUACGAGCUCGCAUCUGGCUGCCCCCACGCAAGAACUGCGAGGGAAGCGAGGUUGAGGUUCGUGGCAACAAAGAGGUGCCCAUCAGAUGGGUGGGUUUAAGCCCUGAUGACAUCUAAACUCGACCACUUGAGAUGACGGACAACCGGAGUGGCGGUAAAAGAGGCUCGUAUCUUCUUCGAAGCGUUCGUCUCACGCCGUAAGGGACGUGUCCACUAAUUUUCUUUACCGUCAAGCAGCAUUGAUAGCAUUGAUAGCAUUGGAGAGCCUAUCGUCAGGCGUCGGAAUUAGCAUUGGCAGUUUUCUCCUUUUCUUUGUAUACCCAUUAAGAACGAAAGCCACGAGGCGAGAGCGCAUUAGAUGCAUUCCAUUACUAUAGCACCUUAGCACCCUAGCAUACGAUGAAAUGAAAUUCUAUCACAGCUCAAA